AUGCUGGAAGGGGAAAAGUCGAGAACACAGGAGCAACUGAAGCAUCACGAAGAUCAAAUACGGCAGUUGAAGGCUGAACUUGCAUCCGUGAACCAUGGAAAUAACGUUUCUACGAGCCGAUUGUCGGAUCUGAAAUCCGAUGAGAAUAACCAGAAUGGACAGAAUGACCUGGUAAUUCAGUCAGCUGUGCAGCAGAUCCUGCAUGUUGUGGUGGAGAAGGUGAAAACUACUGUGAUAGAUGAGAUUCGCCUAGGCCAAGAGAAGGAAGGCAAGACAUUAAAACGGAGAAGAGAAGAAGUUUCACCGUACAGCCAGCAGCAGGAAUUUGUUUCCCCAAAUGAUCCAAGCACCUCUGGCAGCCCUCUGGAGCACGUUCGUGUCACCCCAAUGCUAAUCCCAGAAGCUCGAGCAACAGUUGACAAGCAUGCCACCAUUCAUGAUGAUCACUCCGACCACUCCACUAUCUACUUUAAAUCUGACAUCAAUGACGAUAACGUGGAGGAAGUGUUCAACGCCAUCCCUUUGGCUCACCCUGAACGGCUCUCUUCCAUCACGUCCAUUAAUAUCACUGGCAGCCUCUCAGGCUCUCGUCUCCCGUCUUCCUCAGCUAAUCCUUCUCCUCAACAAGCUGUUUUCACUGGAUCAACGCUAUGUUGCGCUGUCCGUCUCCCUGCUCUCUCCAGUCUAUCCAUUACAGGGCAGAUGAUCACUUUCGAGGGUGGUCAGUCUAUUGGUAGACUCUCGAGCCUUACGUCGCUGGAGCUGAGCAGCUGCAGAAACAUCAACAGCAGCACACUCUUAAAAAUGCUCCCUGGCCUCCACAAGCUGGAACAUCUUAACCUAUCCUCCACCAACGUCAAAGAGGCGGGAAUGAGGGUCCUGAGUCAGUAUCUCUCUGGAAGUCUCAAAACCCUCAAUGUUACUUCAUGUGAAGGUUUGACAGAUGCUGCCUUCAUGCACCUCAGCAGCUGUAAACGGUUGGAGAAACUGGAAGCUGGGCACCUGACGAAGAUUUCGGACGCUGGGCUACUUCAUCUCGUUGAACUUCCUCUGAAGCAUGUCAUGCUGGAGUCAUCGUCGAAUGUUACAGGAGCUUGGCUCCUGAAUGUGGCCAGCAAAGUGAUGCGUCAGCUAGAGCUGCUUGACCUCAGCAACACUAAGGUGACUGACAACGUAUUGCAGCAUCUGGCAGCUAAUGCUGAAGGACUCAAGAGUCUUUGGAUUAAAUCGUGUCUGAACGUCACUCAGCAUGGACUGAAGGCACUUAGCGAGGUUGGAGAAAGGCUGGACGUUAACUCCAAGGGAUGCAAUGCGGCAGGUGUAAUACUUGGAAAAGUCAGGAGGUCGCUGGUCAAGCGUUAA